AUAUAUACCUACAUACAUAUUUCGUAUGCAACACUGCGCAGCUGAUUCGCAGCAACAGACAAAAAGUGCAUUUGUUAUUAUUUUACCAGAGGGAGUUUCUUGUAAUUUUUCGUCGUCUUCUUGCAUAUAUUAAGUAAAUUUCAAAAUGCCGAUCAUGUACAAUACCGGUGACUGGUUCGUUCUACGUCCGGAUACGUACAGAAAAUUGGACCUUUUUACUCCGGACUGGCCGCUCGAUGUAGACCUGGAGUACAUGCAGUUGGUGGGCGCUCCGUUUGGUGGCCCCUUAGCCAUGAUGCGGGAUCCAAAACAAAUCGUACCAGUUAAGGGUAGUGUAAAACCAAUGAUACGCAUUUUCGACACGGCCGGUCUAGAGUUGGGCAAAAUCAUGUGGAAUCAUGGCAAGCUAAUUAAUAUGGGUUGGUCAGAUACAGAGGAGCUAAUAUGUGUACAAGAUGACGCGCUAGUUUUCAUUUACGACAUGUUUGGCAACGAAAAAGAAUCAUACAGUAUGGGUCAGGAAGCUAGUUUGACUAAGAUUAUGGACGCCAAAAUAUUUCAAUCAACUUCUGGAACCGGCGUUGCUGUUCUUACAACGACCGGACGACUCUUCCUUAAGCUCAACAACGCAAAAGACGUCCGUACACGUCAAUUACCAGAAAUUCCAAAAUCUAUUUCAGAGUGCACAUGCUGGGAAAUAGUGACGGAAGAACGUAAUACGUAUUGUCUGUUGGGUCGUGAUCAAGAAGUUAUUAAAUUAUUUCCUGGCGAGUCCGUGGGUACAGUUACGCGAAAUCUCUUUGACCGACCAUUCGAACGCAUCCUACUCAUGUCGGUGUCGUAUAACCAUCAAAAUCUAGCACUUUAUACGAAUAACGGUCUCCUAUGGCUAGGCACUGUAGAUAUGAAUAAAAAAUACUGUGAAUUCGACACCGGCCGCAAAGAUAUUCCACGACAAAUUGAAUGGGUUAUGAAUGCUGAAAAAAAUCAAGCUGAUGCUGUGGUCAUUUCAUAUCCUUCAUUCCUAUUGGUUGUUAACUGCAAUGGCGAUAAAAAUCUGUUUACUUAUGAUCCAGCCAUUUUUCUUGUGGCCGAAAUGGAUGGUGUACGCAUUAUAACAAAUAGCGCACACGAAAUGAUUCAAAAGCUGCCGAAGUGUGUACAAAAUAUAUUUGCUGUGAAUAGUCAGGAACCUUCAAGCUUCUUAUUUGAGGCCCAAAAGAAAUAUCAGGAAAAAUCACAUCAAGCUGACGAAUAUUUGAGUUUGUUCCGUGACAAAAUGAGUAUUGCAGUCGACGAGUGCGUCGAGGCGGCCGGCUAUGAAUUCUGCACCGAAACUCAAAAGAGCUUACUGCGCACUGCUUACUUUGGCAAAGGUUUCAUUCCUUCACACAAUCCUGACGAAUACAUGCGAAUACUAAGAAUUCUACGUGUGCUUAAUACCUUACGUCAUGAAAAAAUUGCCAUGCCAUUAACCUAUAACCAAUUUUGUCAUUUGAAGCCAGAAGUGGUACUGGGGCGUUUGGUCUUUCGCAAGCAUUAUGCCAUCGCAAUUCAAGUGGCAAAACACUUAAAAUUACCGGAAUCAUGGAUUUUAGAACACUGGGCGUACCAUAAAGUUGUACACGAUAAAAGUAAGCCAAAUAAAAUUCCCUCACUUCUAAUUAUAAUAAAAUAUUUCAUAACAGACGAUAAUGAGGUUGCACGUAAAAUCACAGAAAAGUUUAAAAAUCCAUCAGUACAAGGAAUCUCAUUCUGCAAUAUCGCUGAGAAGGCCCAUGACGUAGGGCGCGAUGAACUUGCUAUUAAAUUACUUGAACUGGAACCACGCGCUUCUUUACAAGUACCACUUUUACUAAAAUUGGGCAAGUACGAUCGGGCCAUCAGAAGUGCCACACAAUCAGGCGAUACUGAGUUAGUGGCUACAGUACUUUUAGAGAUCAAAAAGAAAAUGAUGCUAGCUAAUUUUAAUAUUAUCAUACGCGAAUACCCGAUGGCUUUGAAUAUCUACAAAAAAAUGAUGAAUGAAUGGAGCCGCACAGCACUGUACGACAUCUACAAUCAGGAAGAUGACCAAAAAUCCAUUGCGGAGUACCAUUUUCGCAAUGCGAUCGAGAGCGACAGUUUGGAAUCGAAUUUACCAAUAAUAGCCAAUAGCUAUACGCAGGGCCGCAAGCAUGUCGAUGCCGAAUUGUGCGCUGACACUGCCAAAUUAUUAAAGUUACAAAAGAAUGUGUUAACUCCAAAAUAUGGCAAAGUGCAUCAAACGACUUUCAAUGGCCUCUCUAUACACGAUACACUACUACUUUUGCUUCAAAUUGGUGAACUAAAGGAAGCGGAAAAAAUCAAAAGUGAUUUCAAAGUGCCAGAUAAGCGCUUCUGGUGGUUGCGCAUUAUAACCAUGUCCGAAAAGUACAAAUGGGACGAUUUAGAGAAGUUUGCUAAAAGUAAAAAGAGUCCCAUUGGUUAUGAACCGUUUGUGGAGGUGUGCCUGAAGCAGAAUAAUUUACUUGAGGCGCGCAAAUACAUUAUGAAAUGUCGCGACGAUCGGAAGGCGCACUGGUAUUUACGUGCAGAAUUAUUGGAUGAAGCGACUGAUAGCGCGUUCGAGCAACGUGAUAUGAAUAUACUAUAUGCAAUCCAAAAUAAAGCUAGCACGAAUGGUAAUCGGGCGCUUUUAGAAAAAAUCGGCUCACAUAUUGCGGCUUUGGCUUCAAAGAAAUAAAAUGUAGUGCCCACCUAGGUACAAGUAUUAAACACACUAUUACCAUUAUAAAAAUGUAAAAGAAAAAUAUUAAAAACAUUCUUCUACGGUUAGAAUAUAUAAAGUAAAAGAAUAAGCGUUUAUAUUGACUUUUCAAAGGACCAUUUAUUUUUCCAUAUAUAUAAUAUAUAUAUAUAUAUAUAUUGUACGUAUGUAUAUAUACGUGAAUAUGUAUGUAUGCAAUUAUGUGUGUUUGUGUAUGUAUAAUAUAUGAAGGUAUUUAGGUAAUAGAUCACAUAAAGCAAAAAAGAAAUAUACUUAUCUAUAUUUAACUAACACUCCUUGCUUUUCAAUUCAAUAUUAUUAUUAUCCAUAGUUGAAUACAUACAUACUGUAUUACUGUAUAUUAUUACACAAUUGUAUGCUAAUUAAUAUAUGUUAAGGACAAUGCUUUACAUAAAAAUAUUGUUAUUAUUAUAAUCAUGAUUAAUUAUUGUAGAUACUUUGUUUGUUUUGUAUAGUACAGUAUAUUGACAAUUAUAACUAUAUUAAUAUAAUUAUACAUACAUAUAUAUAAUUUAUAUAUAUGUUUUACGAACAAAACACAGCAGUCUUAUGUAAGAUGAAA